CCAUUAAGCACUUCCGGUGAGACCGGAAGAACCUUUGUUUGUGUUUGUCAAGAUGGCGGCUGGAAUGUACCUAGAACACUAUCUGGACAGCAUCGAGAAUCUUCCAUUUGAACUGCAGAGGAACUUCCAGCUGAUGCGAGAUCUGGACCAAAGGACAGAGGAUUUAAAAGGGCAGAUUGAUUCUCUGGCUCGUGAAUACACAGCAAAUGCUCGGACACUGUCCUCUGAACAAAAGCUGUCAUUGUUAAGACAGAUCCAGCAGUCUUAUGGGAAGUGUAAAGAGUUUGGAGAUGACAAGGUUCAGCUUGCGAUGCAAACUUAUGAGAUGGUGGAUAAGCAUAUCCGGAGGUUGGAUACAGACCUGGCUCGAUUUGAAGCUGACCUCAAAGAGAAACAGAUAGAGAGCACCGAUUACGACUCGACCUCCAGCAAAGGCAACAAGAGUGACCAUCGUGGACCCAAGAAGAAGGAAGUCGCGCGCCCCAAGACAAAGAUCAAGACCUCUGAUGAUGACUGCAGCUCAAAGAGUGGACAGAAGAAAGUCAAACUCACACAAAGCACUGAGUUUACCGCUCCAUCUGUGAACUUUGGGAAUGUGCAUCCAUCAGAUGUGUUGGACAUGCCGGUGGACCCCAACGAACCCACCUAUUGCCUCUGUCACCAGGUCUCAUACGGGGAAAUGAUUGGCUGUGACAAUACAGACUGCUCUAUUGAGUGGUUCCACUUUGCCUGUGUGGGACUGACCACCAAGCCCAGGGGGAAAUGGUACUGCCCAAGAUGUUCACAAGACCGAAAGAAAAAAUAAACACCUGUAAAAAAAAGAUUUCACGGAGGGGGAGUUAGAGGGAGAUGCAAGCAAUGGUUAAAGCUGUUUUAAGGCCCUCCAUAGACACUAAUAUAGAUCUAAUCUCUUCUUAAAUAAUAUUUCAGGUUCAAUACAAGUAAGGCUUAAUAAACAGCAUUUAUGGUAGGGUUGGGCGAUAAAUCGCCUGCGAUUCUCAAGCGUUUCUUAUCAGUAAAGCCGGUGAUUAGUAGUAAAUCGUCAUUGAAUGCUUUCAUGAGAAUUGCAGGCGAUUUAUUGCCCUAAUGUAAGGCAUAAUAUGGAUUACCACUAAAAUUAUUUAUACUCGUCCCAUGUUUAUUUACGAUUUAUGGUUACAGAGAAGCACUUGAAGGAAGUGAAUUGGCCAAAUACACUAAAUACAGCUAUGGGAUGUAAAAUUGGGUGCAUGUGUGUUUAAAUGAUUUCAGUUUGAUAAAAUUGUUUAUCAGCCUUUGAUGUAUCCAAAAUUGCUUUAUCUGUGGUGCAUUUUUAUGGCAAUAUCACACUGAAAGUGUUUUUCUAUAACCUCGUUUUUAUAAAUAAUGGAUGACUUUAAAUAAUUUUUGUAGUAUUUGCCACAAAUGUUGUCGAUUGAUGUAGUCUUGUAUUAAUCCCUUUAAUAUUCCUUUAUUCUGGUGCUUGUCCUCCUUUGUUCCAUCCCUUUCAUCAGUCUGAUUUGUAAAAAAAAAAAAAGAAAAGAAGGGGUGACAGGUAAAAAUGAAGGAGGGGUAGUUAUAACAGUAGCUUAAUUUAUGUGUUCAGUAAUGAAGAUGACUUUUGUUACGGAGUAUUGUUUUUUGUUUAGUUCUUGCAUUUUUAUAUUCUUAUAUUUUCAUUGUUUAUGUGAGGUGUCUGUUAAAACUCAUUUUAAAUAUUGUGAGUCAACAAACUCAGCAGUCAAGUCUAUCAGGGAGCAUAUCAGGAUCUCUUCACGCUUACAUACAGUUUUUCAUUACGGUUGUAUUAUUUGUCAUUGAUAUCUCUCUCGGGUGGCUUUAGUGAUCUUUACGUGAUAUCAACCCAUCCCUUGCUUUUUGUCAUUUCAGUAUUUAUAAAGAGCACGAGUCAAUGUGCCUCACCAGAUGGUUUUAAUUUGACAAACCAGAAUUAACAGAACAUGGGUGCUUCAGUGGGUGUUGUUGAUGUAAAACUACUUUAACUUGACUUACUCGUACACAGAGAAGUACUGUAUACCACACAAAACCUUUCUAGUAUCACCACUUCUGUUUACAUGUUCGCAGAGCCUACAAUGGUGCACUUGAAUACCACAUCUUUCAGGUUUUUCACAACAGUUCAAUGCAGACAUUUUUGGUGCUUUUUGUCAUACACUACUUGGAUCUUAACCGGUCGCAUUUCAGACGACUCUGAUAGACUGUUGUAAAGCAUUAACACCGCAUCAGCAUUAGAUAUUAUAUAUUAGAUCAACAUGAUCGAUUCAAAGCCUGGUCAUUUGGAGCUCUAUUGUAACCUAUAAAUAACAUUUUGUAUAGCUGUAUAUUAGCUAGGGGUGAUUCUUUGCGACUGGAUUUUGGUGCUUAUGAACAUAGUGUGUUUGAAACCUACAGUAACACUUAAUAUCAUUGUAUUAAUUGUGUCACAAAUGUUAAUAUCAUCCUGUAUUUAAAUUUAGUUUGUUUUAAAUAAAACAGUGGCAAGUUAUGUUAAGUCAAUGCUAUUUGAAAUCGUUUCAAAACUUGGUGCUACACGAUGCUUCUUACCAAUUAGUUUUAAAUGAUAAUGAUAUUGUCUUGAUUUAUGAUGAAACUAAGGUUUGUGUCAUGUGACUCUUGCUUUUGUCAAGCUACUUUGUGAAUUGAUGGUUACAGAUAUUCUAGAGUACUGUACUAAUGUCAGAUAUUGGGUCCGGUGUCUUCCAUUCUGAAUAAACAAAAACAUCUAAAAUCCUAA